AUGUCUUCCUCGCCUUCCGACGACAUGUCUGCAUUCACGUCCGCUCUCAAGUCUUCGAAGCGGACCAUAGCAGUGGCUGGUGCAGGUUUAUCUGCAGCAUCCGGGUACGAUGCUAUCAAGCUCGCUACCCCCGAAGCAUUUCGCGCAAGCCCUUCACGGGUCUGGCAAUUUUACUACUAUCUACGGGAGAAGGCAUUAGCAGCCCAGCCUAAUCCUGGGCACCUUGCGCUGGCAAAGUUCUCCGUCCCAUCCAUCAGGGAGACGGUCGUGUCGGGCGCGUCCUUCACGCUCAUAACGCAGAACGUCGACGGCCUCAGCCGCCGAGCCCUAACGCAAAUCGCUGAGACCCACCCGGAGCUUGCAGACGAGGUGAGCUCGUCAGCCGUCCAGAACUCCAUGCUCGAGAUGCACGGGCGACUCUUCGACGUCGUGUGCACUUCCGCACGGUGUGGGCACCGGGAAUUCAAUCUCCACUCACCCGUAUGUCCGGCUCUUGCGGGGACGGAGAACGUUUUCGCACGCGACGAGCCCGAACCGCACAUUGACGAGAAGGAUCUACCCCGCUGCAAGAAUUGUGGGUCCCUUGCGCGUCCGGGAGUCGUGUGGUUUGGGGAGAUGCCGUGGUUUUUAGAUGGGCUAGUCGACCACGCCGACCUGUGCAUCGUGGUGGGCACCUCGUCGACGGUCUAUCCUGCCGCGGGCUAUGCCCACGCCGUCAAAAUGAACGGUGGGAAGGUGGCAGUCUUCAAUCUUGACAGAAGUGACGGCGACGGCGACGCAGACUUUUUGUUUCUCGGACCAGCGGAGACGACGCUGCCCAAAGCUCUCGGCUUGUAA